CCCCGGCGCCCCGCGGCCCGGCGGGCUGACGGCCCCGCGCUGCCCGGUCCCGGCGCCGCCGCCGCCAUGGCGCUGAUCGAGGGCGUGGGCGAUGAGGUGACCGUGCUGUUCGCGCUGCUGCUGGCCGCCGUGGUGCUGGGGCUGGCCUGGGCCUCCACCCGCGCCCCUGAGCCCGCCGCCGCGCCCCGCGCCGCCGCCGCCGCCGCCCUGCCCGAGCCGGGCCCGAGCGCGGCCGCCGCCGCCUCCCCGCUGGAGCACAAGGCCCCGGCUUCUGCGGCGGCGGCUCCGGACGGCCCCGAGGGAGCGGGCGCAGCGGCGGCCGGGCCGCGGCAGCGAGGCGGCGGCGCGGGCGCGCAGGGUCCCGCCGCUGACGCCGACGGCGGCCCCGCCGAGCCCACCAUGGUGCUGCGGCUCAAGUUCCUCAACGAUACGGAGCGCCUGGCCCGGGUGCGCCCCGGAGACACCGUCGGGGCGCUGAAGAGGGCGCAUUUCCCCGGGCAGGAGCAGCAGGUGCGGCUCAUCUACCAGGGGCAGCUGCUGCGGGACGACGCGCAGAGCCUCUCGGCGCUGCACCUGGCGCCCAACAGCGUGCUGCACUGCCACAUCGCCCCGGGCGCCGCUGCUCCCGCUGCGCCCCGUGCCGCCGCCGACACGGUGCACGCGGCGCUGAACGUGGGCAGCCUGCUGCUGCCGCUGCUCGUGCUGCUGCUGGCCCUGCUCUGGUACUUCCAGCUGCAGUACCGGCACGUCUUCACCGCCACCGCCACCACGUUCCUGGCCGGCCUCACGCUGCUCUUCAGCUUCAUGGCCUUCACCAUGUACCGCAGAUAGCACGGCCCCGGCUGCCGCCGACCCGGACUGCGGGGGGGGGCGGCUGCGGCGCCCGGCGAGGCCGGGGCGGGGGACGGCGGGGCACCGGCGCCGCCGCCUCCGGGGAGGGGCUGCCGGGGUAGCCCGGGCCCGCACGGCCGGAGCCGGUGGGAGAAGCGUUCCCGGGGCCGCUGUGUCACGAUUAAAGGCCGGACUGGAGCGGA